AUGGCGAACCCUCAGCUUGUACAGGGCAUGCAGAAUGACCUCACCUGCCAGCUCUGCCUGGAGCUCUUCCACUCCCCCAUCACCACAGAAUGCGGGCAUACCUUCUGCCAGGCCUGCUUGACUGGGGCCCCCAAGGGCCAGGAUCAGGAUGGCUCCACCCUGUGUCCCACCUGCCAGGCACCAACCCAUCCAAAGACCCUUCACCUCAACCGUCAGAUGGAGAACCUAGUUCAAAGCUUCAAGCAAGUCCCGAAGGGCCACUGCAUGGAGCACAUGGACCCACUGAGUGUCUUCUGUGAGCAAGACAAGGAGCUGAUCUGCGGGGUGUGCGCCUCGCUGGGCAAACACAGGGGCCACAACAUCAUCACAGCCGCUGAGGCCCACACAAAGAUGAAGAGAGAACUCCCCCAGCAGCAGGUCCUCCUGCAGGAAGCUCUUCUGCGGAAGGAGAAGACGGUGGCGGUUUUGGACAGACAGGUGGCCGAGGUGCAGGACACGGUGACCCGCUUUAAGAAGAAUGUGAAGCAGCAGCUGAGCAUCAUGCGCUCUUACCUGAAUAUCAUGGAGACGUCACUGGCCCAGGAGGCAGACAAGGCAGAGCAGAACGCUACCGCCGCCCUGCUGGGGGAGAGGAAGAGCAUGGCCCAUUACGUGGAGCAGCUGAAACAGAUGGAGGGGGUCCUGAAAGACGUGGAAGGCCAGGAGCAAACCGAAUUCCUGCGGUCAGAGCCGUGUGACCUCUCCAGGUUGGGGAAGAUCCUCUCUGAGCCGCCUCUUCCCGGCCGUCUGGAUAUUCAGCUGCCCAUCAUCUCGGAUGAGUUCAAGUUCCAGGUGUGGCGGAAGAUGUUCCGGGCACUGAUGCCAGCUCUGGAAAACCUAACCUUUGACCCUGACUCGGCUCAGCAGAACCUGGUCAUCUCCUCCGACGGCAAAUCGGUCGAAUGUUCCGACCACAAACAGUCUGUGUCCGAUGACCCGGCGCGCUUUGACAAGAGCAACUGCUUAGUCACCAAACAGAGCUUCACGGAAGGAGAGCAUUACUGGGAGGUCAUCGUGGAGGACAAGCCGAGAUGGGCCCUGGGUGUCAUCUCUGACACUGCCAAUCGCAAGGGGAAGCUCCACGCCACCCCAGCCAAUGGUUUUUGGCUCCUGGGAUGUAAGGACGGGAAGGUCUACGAGGCCCAUGUAGAGCAGAAGGAGCCUAGACUCCUCCGUGUGGAUGGGCGUCCAGAAAAGAUUGGGAUCUACUUCAGCUUCUCUGACGGGGUCCUCUCCUUCUUUGACGCAGACGAUGAGGACAACAUCAAACUCCUGUACACUUUCCACGAGCGUUUCUCAGGCCGUCUCCACCCAUUCUUUGAUGUCUGCUGGCAUGACAAGGGAAAGAAUGCCCAGCCCCUGAAGAUCUACUCACCACCCGGUACCCAGCUUUAA